GGCUGCGGUUUUCGUUAGUCGGGUAACACAAGAGCUACCUCCCGUCUCAUUGAUAGACAUUACCGCACGGUUAUACAUGAGCAAUUAAGGUACGUUGUCACUCUGGCUGCAAAAACUCAGAUCAUUGAUCAAGGUCACCGAGAAACAGAACAGUACAACCGCGCUCCAACACAGCAGACGUUCAACAGUUUGAAGAGGUAAUUCCAUAAACAUAAGCCACCAGUACCACGCAUCUUUUGACAAAACAACGUAAUUGCGAGACCCUGUCUAAAACAAACGAAUCUUUACGAGACAAGUUUGACCUCACUAUUCUUCAUAAUCCGGCGUGGGGAAGACCUUUCGGGCGCUCCAACACCUCGCAUAGUCCCGUCUGAAAAGGAAUAAUGAAUGAAGCGUGGCUACUCGGACACGCGCGCAUAGUGAGCGGAAUUAUGAAGCAUGGCCGCUAGCGAUGCACCAGCGACAUCUAUAGUAAUAGUGACCCCACUAACACUGAUUCCGAAGAACUCUAAAGAUUCAUCAAAGAAGGUUCUAGCGAACUUCCAUUUUUUUUCGCCGGGAAAAUUUGAUUGGUUUGAUAGCUUGAACACAUGUUUUCGUUUCAAAUCUUUGAGGCUCUUUAAAUAUGUAGUGUUGACACUAUAAAUAAGUCGAAAGACUAAUUAGGAUGCCAGAUUGGCACCCAGCCCCAUUUCCCACGAUUAUUUCAAGGUUUCAUUACAAAAUUCAAAACGCAAGGAUUUUUUGUCGCCAACUUGUAUACGUGUUUGCAAAAACCGCUCCCGCGAAUAGAGGUUGAGUGUGUAGUCAAGCCGGCUGGUAGGCCGCCGAGUCGACGGGCCAUGCGUACAGUUACCGAGCUCAGCGGAGUAGUCAGCCCACAGGCGAAACGCGGGUACCCCUCCAUGUGCUUGCGAUGUCGCUCCUCGCCACCUACACGGCAUGUGUAACGGUACUGCUACAGUGACCACUUCUUACACUACCAGCAUGGCCAGAGCUAGCCUGGCGCAUGUCAUACACCUGGCCAGUGCCCUGGUGUUUUUGACCGGUGUGACAUCACUGUUGAUAAGUUUUGGACACAUGAGAUCAAAGGAGGGAGCAGGCAGUGCUAGUGCGAGGCGUCGCGUGCCUAGAUCAUUGGAAAGACUUCACCCUGAAGAUGUCGAAAUGAUCUACAUGCAGGGGAUAUUCUCGUCUCUGAUGAACGCUACAAUUGAGAGAAGCGACGACGACACUUUGCAUGUUUUGCUGCCGGCGUUGGAAAAAUUUGAAAAUGUUAUGGUUGAGGAAUCUCGAAAAAUUAGGACCGCACUGAAAGAUCACGACAAAAGGAUCAACUAUUUGGAGGCUUUUGUUGCUAGGCAGACAGUUGAAGAUGUUCAAAAUACCCAGGAAAUACACCCUAACAAAGUGGCCACAGGAACAGCUCGGAUUAAGGUGGUGUCCAAAGGCAAGGGUAGGAACGAGGUGUUGAAAGAAGAAAGAAAACCCAAAAAGAAGCCUAAAGUGUUUAAAGAAACUUCGAAGAGUUUUUCUGUGGAUGUGGAGAUUGUCAAAAAUGAAACGCUUGUUGUUAAUGUUGUGAAAAACGACAGCGUUGUUGUCGUUGACGAUGUAAAAAGCGAUGCACUGUUGAAGAAUGAUACAUUGUUGAAAAGCGAUGCCCUAUUGAAACCGGAUACAGUGUUGAAAAAUGACGCAUCGUUGAAAACGGAUAUUGUGUUGAAAAAUGAUGAAUUGUUAAAAAAUGACACAGUGUUGAAAACUGAUACAGUGUUGGUAAAGGAUGCACUGUUGAAAAACGACACAGUGUUGAAAACGGAUAUUUCUUGGAGGAAUGAUACGGUGUUGAAAAAUGAUACUUUGUUGAGGAAUGAUACUAUGUUGAAAAAUGACACGGACGAGGAUACCGUAUUGGACAGUGUAACACCUUCAGUGAAUCUGACAAAUAUGUCAGUGGUUGUGAAUGAAACGGAAGCCGGUAAGGGAAAUAACUCCAUCGACACAACCAAUGCAACUGUGUCGACACGGGAGCCUGAUAACGACAUCGAAAAUGUCACCCUAGUUCCUCCGCCCCAGACCUCCCCUGACGCCAUUAAAGCUAUUACCAUGCCUGAAACAACAAUAACAACAACCACAGCUACAACAACAACAACUCACAAGCCGGUGACGACAGAAAAAGUUACCAUGACAACUGCACAAACAAUACCGGCGUCUACCACGCCAACAAUGGAUGUACUAUCUCUCGAAAAGAUUGUGUCGGAUCUUCAAAAAAAAGUCGACCGACUGGAAAAAUCGAGGUCAGGUGUGAGGUCGGGCAAUUAUAAGAAAAAGAUGAAAACCAUAGAGAAAAAUGUUUCAACAAUGAAACGAAAAUACAAGAAGAUGCGCAGUCGGAUUAACUCACACAACGGUAAAAUAGUUAGUUUAGAGAUAUUGCAAAGCGUAGCAUACAGCGACAAGCCUAUGAACAUUAUGGCUGAAUAUGAAGCCAAAAAAGCCAUGGUGAUGCGCCUUGAUAAGAUGGAGAGACGCUUGAGUAAUUACAGGGACAUGGUGUUAAGGAACAGGCACGAGAUACGAGAUCUCAAUGGAUUAACGUCCAAACAUGAACACUAUGUGAGUGAACUGCAGGUCGGGUCAGACCGGUUUGAACAUAGGACCCGAGAAAUUAUUUCCAAUAUGAACGGCUUAGAACACAAUAUGGGGAACUUAUUCAAUUCACUCAACGGUUAUAUGAGCGACAUACGGUGGGAACUCCGCGUCAUGCUGGACCGAGUGUGCGGAGAUAAUCAUCUUCAUUGCUGAUAAAUCCUCCAUAAUUAUACAUAUUUAUUAAUUUGUGCAUUCGCGGAGAUGUAUCAUCCAUCUCGUGCCUCAUCCAUACCUCUGUCAAGUGCCACGUUCGUCAGACCACAAUGUGUAUACAGCGGUCGUGCGUGGAAAUAAUUGUGUUCUGUACAAGAACGGAAUUCAUAUUCUUUGGAAGAAAAGCGUGUGUUGUGUAUAUGCCUUUAUUAAAUACGAGUGGUGCUAGCUUUGGUCAAAAAAUACCAGAGGUGGCUUCUAUUAUGGCCACAUCAGUUGCCCUUUUCUCUUUGGGCCACGGAGAACAGGAAGAGAAUUGCUUAUGAUAACAGUUUAACACAUGUCGAUAUGCCGAGGUCAAGGGUCAAUCCUGUCACAUUGUUGCUACUUUGUCGCACAAAUUGUGGAAGGUAUGUGUGUUCGUCGCCAUCAUGGCGACAUAUUGUGAUGCACAUUAUGACGUCACUAUGUGACGCAGUUAUGACGUCACUUUGUGACGUUUGUAUGUAUGAAUGUGUCAUUCGGAUGGGUCCAUUAGUGUGAAUACGAUGCAUCAGCAAAGUAAAUAGAUUGUGUAGGUCUACGUGUGUCCUCGUGAAUACGGAUUGUGUACGUGUGUCCUCGUGAAUACGGAUUGUGUACCUGUCCUCGCGUAUCUGCUAUGCUAUGAUACCUAUUUAUAGCGCGCAUACCACAAACAGUUCCAUGUUCCGCGCCAUUGCCAAAACAUUGUCAGGAAAAUUAAACCGGAAGUUCCGUGCAGGAUGUUCUGAUUCCCGUGGGCAAUGCUCUAAUAGAAUAGUUGACAUAGUUUCAGCUCAUAAUCAAAUACCUCGGAAACAGCAGGACUGAGAAUGCAAGAAACGUGUUGUUCAUUUUUACAGUUUUAUACAUAGUUUAGCAUAAGAGUGGGACGGUGAAAGUGUUCGAAGGUCCUGUCGGUGUCUAUGCACUGACUGUUGCAAAGGUUAGUCGACAGAGGUACACUGAAGUAUGUCUCUCACCCAAACAAAAACAAGCACAUGUGGUUUCAGUAAUACACUUUAUCUCAGCAAUGAUGAAAUUUGCCUAAGGUAAAAGCAAGUAGUUUGUCAAUUAUAUGUUUUAUAAACAUUAAAAUCGGUUCAGUUUUUGAAAGACUGGUUAUUUUCAGGCUCCCUACUACGUUCUGUAAUCUCAACAUUUGCGACAGCUGCAAGUCGAAUUUCGUUCUUAUUCGCUAGAGGAAAUGCUGAAUUUAGUUAACUAUUUAUCCUUUUCGAAGUGUGUUAGUUUUCCAGAUUUCGGGACGUGUAACUAUUUGUGAAUGAAGACGUUUUUCUCAUCAAGGAAGUUAGAAAGAUAUAGCAUUACUUGGAGUCAGCUCAAGCGAGGCGUGAAGACGGUAGCCCCGAACUGAGGCUUUCUCACAAAAAGACAGCCUUUCAAAUGAAACCAUCCGCCCGGAAACACUUAAGUUUGAUGCAGGUCUGGUGUACGGAGUUUUGGAGGUACCAUAUCUACUCCUGACAUUCAUCUCGUCUCGCUUCAAUACUCACACCAGGAGGAGAAGGAAUGUCCUGGUUCCUGUAACGCCGCCACAAUGGACUUUCACCCAAACUAGCCUCUUUUCCAUCAACUCCUCUACCAACCGUUGUCCAGAACGAGGC